AUGUACGCCUAUACGGAUCACUCGCAUGUAUCAUGUAUUACUCCGUACAGGUACAAGCGGGUGUCCUGUACCUGGUACUCACCGGUUCCUCCAUGGGGCCAGGCCGGCAAGCUUGGGAGGGGCGGGGGUGGGGAGGGGCGACAUGAAGCUCUCGAAGCUAUCGCCGUCACCAAGCUCUGGUCGGUCGCCCGCUCGGCAGCAUCGUGCAGCUCAACAUCAACAGCCUCGAGAGCGCUCGCGACGACAGCACAUCAACCCUUCGACUCCGUAGACGCUGCGCUGCGCUGCGCCGCGGCUGCCAUGGGCCUCCUCACCUGGCUCGGCUUCCGCCGGCGCAACCAAUUCGAGAGCCUCACGCUCCUCGACCACAUGCUGUCCUCGCCCCUCACCUACCUCGUCGAUCGUUUCUAUCACCUCGUCCUCGUCCUCCGCGGGUCCCCCUUCUACCCGCCGCGCGGCAAGGCUGCCAUCCGCGUCGUCUGCAUCGCCGACACCCACGACCAGCUCGUCUCCGUCCCCGUCGGUGACGUCCUAAUCCACGCCGGCGACCUCACCACCGACGGCUCGGCCGCCGACGUCCAGCGACAGCUCGACUGGCUCAAGAGCCUGCCGCACCCCGUCAAGAUCGUCGUUGCCGGCAACCACGACAGCUACUUUGAUGCGCGCUCCCGCUCGGCCGACGACGUCCGCACCGCCGCCAAGCUCGACCUCGACGGCCUGCUCUACCUCGAGGGAGAGCUGACGGUGCAGGAGGUGAAAGGUCGCCAGCUCGCCAUCUUUGGCGCGCCUGACAUUCCGGAAUGCGGGCCCGAGAACUUUGCGUUUCAGUACACGCCCGCCAAGCAGCCCUGGCUGAGCAAGGUGCCCCCCCGGACCGACAUUCUCGUCACUCACGGACCACCGAAACAUCACAGGGACCUCGGCAUCGGGUGCCCUCACCUCCUCCGCGAGGUCUGGCGCGUGAAGCCGCGUCUCCACGUCUUUGGCCACACCCACUGGGCCUACGGCAAGGAGUCGGUCUACUUUGAUGGCAUGCAGGUUGCCUAUGAGCGCCUGCUGUCACGACCACGGCGCGGCCUGCUCUGGGACCUCGUCCCCAACGAGUCCUGGCUCGACAUGGCGCAAGUCCUGCUCCACGGCGUCCACAGCGUCUUGUGGAAGUGGCUCAUGGGUGGUCCGGGGAGCAACCAAGGCAGCCUCAUGGUGAAUGCGGCCCAGAUGCACAAGAACUCGGGCACGGUUAGGAGCCGGGCCGUAGUGGUGGAUAUGUAA